AUGCAAAAAUGGAUGGGUCAGCAGCUCCGAUUGGUGAAACGCCAGGAGGCAGGCGGCUUCUCCAACCCCACAGAGAGGAAACAGUUGUAUUUGAAGAAACUUGGCUUGGAAAACAAAGCAGAAGAGAUUGAGCAGAAGAAGCAGCGCCCCCCAUGGCACCUGCCACACAUUGUGGCAGGCGACAAGUUUAUCGGCAACAUUCAGCACCCGGGCCUUUUCCGAGGCGAACAGCUGGACUUAAAGUUCACAGCUACAUCCGACAGUGAGGCGCAGAUUUUUUCCAAGCGUGGUGACAUCGACGACAUAGUAACAUUCAACCAAGACUACCCGAUCGCCUAUGAAUCAGGUGAGCAAAAGGAUCAAGAUAUGACGGCUUACGCAUUCCACAAGUUCAACGAGCAGUGGCGCGAUUUUAAGCAGCCAAUGCCGAAAGAGGAGGAUUGUCAACACAUGUCUCUGCCCAUGUUGCAGCAGUUCUUCAAGCAGGUGGCCACUGUCGAAGGAUUUCCAUCCGAGGGCGAAUUUGCAGAGAAUUGCGCAGAUGCGAGCAAAGGCAUGACACGAGAGGAAUUCCUGAAGUAUCUGCGUGCAGAGUCACCCGAUUACCUGGAGAAAGGCUUCAAAGGCAUUUUCACUGGACGGCGCAUCCAGUUCACCGAUGGCAAGUUGGCAUUUGAUGGCGAUUUUCAAACCAUCGGAGACAACUUGAUCUAUGGCUUUGUCACGCUAGGCGGCGAGCCUGGUGGAACGUUUUCAUUGGAGCUGGUGAAGAAGAAAAAGGAGGAUUGA